UGAUGAAAAAUAAACAGGUCUCGUAGGAUUUUCUCCCCCUACAUACACCCUAUCCCUUCCGCCAUCUCGCGGUCACAGUGUCACGCUGACCCCCUGUUUCCUUCCCCUGUUCGCCGGCAGCUGCAGGCCUCAAACUCCUCUCCUAUCACUCCACUUCCUCGGCUUCUCCACUUCGCCUGCGCACCACCUGUUCGUGAGAUCGCCUCGCCGUCGCCGGCAUCUUCUCUGCCUCGCCGUCCCUUGCCGCUCCUAGCGCGCACCAAAUGCUUGCUGUAUUGCCGCAAUGGCCUCCGCGUCGUACCUAGCAUCCUGCUCCCGCGCGUUUGCGUGCCCGCGCCAUGCCGGCCCGCCAGCACUGUGGGCGCGGCGGCGUCGACCUCUCCCGGAGCCCCUGCGGGUGUCCGCCGCCUCCGACCAAGAACGGCUCGUCACCGCCCUGCGCGAGCAGGCUGACCCCGAGGCGGCGCUCCGGAUGCUGAACUCGGCGCUCGCGCGGGAUGACUUCGCUCCAAAUUGCGCCGUCUACGAGGAGAUCAUCCGGAAGCUCGGGACGGCCGGCGCGUUCGACCUGAUGAAGGGGCUUGUCCGGGAGAUGCGGCGUGAAGGGCAUGAGGUUAAGGUCGGCGUGGUGCAAUCAUUCCUUGAGAGCUACGCGCGGCUGCGGCGGUUCGACGAUGCCGUCGAGCUGGUUCUGAACCAGCUUGACCUCUUCGGCGUUCAGGCGAACACGGUAGUGUACAACCACCUUCUCAAUGUUCUUGUGGAAGGGAGCAAGAUAAAGCUCCUCGAGUCGGUGUACAACGAGAUGACGACUCGUGGGAUCCAACCUGAUGUUGUCACAUUCAACACGCUGAUCAAGGGGUUGUGCCGAGUACAUCAGGUCAGGACUGCUGUCUUGAUGCUGGAGGAGAUGUCGAGCCAUGGCGUGGCGCCUGAUGAGACCACAUUCACCACCUUGAUGCAAGGGUUUGUUGAGGAGGGAAGCAUUGAGGCGGCUCUGAGGGUGAAGGUGAGGAUGUUGGAGAUGGGAUGCUCACCGACAAGGGUAACGGUUAAUGUUCUGAUUAAUGGGUACUGCAAGCUGGGAAGAGUGGAAGACGCUCUCGGCUAUAUACAGCAAGAGAUUGCGGAUGGAUUUGAACCUGAUCAGGUCACGUAUAAUACUUUUGUUCAUGGGCUGUGCCAAAACGGACAUGUCAAUCAUGCUCUGAAAGUCAUGGACCUGAUGCUUCAGGAGGGCCAUGAUCCUGAUGUUUUCACUUACAAUACUGUUAUAAAUUGUCUUGGUAAAAAUGGAGAGCUUGAAGAGGCUAAAGGAAUUUUGAAUCAGAUGGUGGAUAGGGGCUGUUUGCCUGACACCACCACAUUCAACACUCUCAUUGUUUCUCUAUGCACACAGAAUCGACUUGAGGAAGCAUUGGACCUUGCACGUGAGAUAACGGUGAAGGGACUUUCUCCGGAUGUUUAUACUUUCAAUAUUUUGAUCAAUGCCCUUUGCAAGGUAGGAGAUCCUCAUCUUGGUCUUCGAUUGUUUGAGGAGAUGAAGGGCAGUGGAUGCACCCCUGAUGAAGUUACAUACAAUAUAUUGAUUGAUCACCUUUGCUCAUUGGGGAAGCUUGGGAAAGCUUUGGAUUUGUUGAAGGAGAUGGAAUAUAUUGGUUGCCCUCGGAGUACGGUGACAUAUAACACAAUAAUUGAUAGGUUAUGCAAGAAAAUGAGAAUAGAAGAAGCUGAGGAGGUUUUUGAUCAAAUGGAUCUACUGGGUAUUUCAAGGAACGCUGUCACAUUCAAUACGCUUGUUGAUGGCUUGUGCAAGGCCAAGAGGAUUGAUGAUGCAACAGAACUUAUCGAACAAAUGGUAAAUGAAGGAUUGCAGCCUGACAAUAUAACGUAUAAUUCUAUUCUAACACAUUAUUGCAAGCAAGGGAACAUCAAGAAAGCAGCUGAUAUUUUACAAACUAUGACUGCAAAUGGAUUUGAGGUUGAUAUUGUCACAUAUGGAACACUCAUUAAUGGUCUAUGCAAGGCUGGUAGGACUCAGGUUGCUUUGAAGCUUCUAAGAGGCAUGCGAAUAAAAGGAAUGAGGCCUACUCCAAAAGCUUACAACCCUGUGAUACAGUCUUUGUUUAGAUGGAAUAAUUUAAGAGAUGCCCUUAAUCUUUUCAGGGAGAUGACAGAAGUGGGUGAGCCUCCUGAUGCCCUCACAUAUAAGAUUGUUUUUCGUGGUCUCUGUCGUGGUGGAGGGCCUAUCAAAGAAGCUUUUGAUUUCUUGGUGGAGAUGGUAGAUAAGGGUUUCAUACCAGAGUUUUCAUCCUUCCGUAUGCUUGCUGAAGGUCUUUUGAACCUGGGCAUGGAUGAUUAUCUUAUAAGAGCUAUUGAACUAGUUCUAGAGAAGGCCGAUUUCAUAGAGUCUGAUGUUUCUGCAAUAAGGGGAUAUCUUAAGAUCCGCAAAUUUUAUGAUGCAUUAGCAACUUUUGGCCGUCUCCUAGAGAUCAACAACCCUCAGUGGACUGAGAGAAUUGUAACAGGAAAAUUAGAGUAGAUGAAACUUUUGCUGGUUGCUUGAUGGGCCUAAACGUUUUAGGCUAGUGGUGUAAUAUAUGUCUAUGCUCAUUGCUGUGUGGGAAUGAAGUCGGCAGCAUAUGGGAUGCUACCUUGUUUGUGUAACUCAUGGAGAGUUGCUUA